GUGCAAACUAUCACCGACCAAUAGUGUGCAUACUGUCGCCAGUGCCACUCAUAUAUGCUGUGACUACGGACUGGCAACUUUUCAAGUAAAGCUAGGUCGAGACCGCAGUGAAGAAGAAGCAGAAGCCAAUUCUGUCAAAAAAUGUCAGGAAUGAGGAUGCGAGCAUCAAAAUGUCCUACGGACGAGCUCAGUCUCUCCAACUGCGCUGUCAUCAAUCGUGAUGACUUUCCAGAUGAUGUUAAACAUAUUGAGGUGACCACUGGUCCAAAUCAACACUUUGUAUUUACGGUGAAAGCUCACCCGGAUAUAGCCAGAGGAUCAGUUGGAUUUAGCUUGCCUCAAAGAAAAUGGGCUAUGCUAUCCCUCAAUCAAGAUAUUGAAGUACGACCAUAUCAUUUUGACCCUACAUCUAGCUCAGAGUUUCUGUGUACCAUUGUGUUGGAGGCUGAUUUUUUACAAAAGAGAGUGACCACGUUAGAGCCAUAUGAUACAGAACAAAUGGCCAAAGAAUUUUUACUACAAUUCUCAGGACAGGCAUUUACUAUAGGACAGCAGUUAGCAUUUCAGUUUCAAGAUAAAAAGAUGCUUGGCUUAGUUGUCAAAAGUUUAGAAGCUGUUGAUAUUUCAGCUCUCAAAUCAGGACAAGAUACUACUCCAAGGAAAACGCGUAUGGGGCGCUGUUUGGGCGAUACCGUAAUACAAUUUGAAAAAGCUGAAAAUUCAAGUUUGAACCUUAUUGGAGCGGCUAAGGGCAAAAUUAUGCGUCAAUCAAUUAUCAAUCCAGAUUGGAACUUUGAAAAGAUGGGUAUUGGUGGUCUGGACAAAGAGUUUAGUUCGAUCUUCAGGAGAGCUUUUGCCUCUCGAGUUCUUCCACCAGAAAUAGCUGUGCAGCUGGGCUGCAAGCACGUCAAGGGUAUUUUGUUAUAUGGGCCACCAGGAACUGGAAAGACUCUACUGGCCAGGCAAAUUGGCACCAUGUUAAAUGCGAGGGAACCUAAAAUUGUAAAUGGCCCUCAAAUCUUAGACAAGUAUGUGGGUGAAAGUGAAGCUAAUAUUAGAAGACUCUUCGCAGAUGCGGAGGAAGAAGAGAAAAGACUUGGACCUAACAGCGGAUUACAUAUUAUCAUUUUUGAUGAGAUCGAUGCUAUUUGUAAAGCAAGAGGUAGCGUGGGUGGAAACACGGGAGUUCAUGAUACCGUUGUUAAUCAAUUACUGUCAAAGAUCGAUGGUGUUGAACAAUUGAAUAAUAUUCUAAUUAUUGGAAUGACUAAUAGAAGAGACAUGAUUGAUGAAGCCUUACUACGUCCUGGCAGAUUGGAAGUACAAUUAGAAAUUAGUCUACCAGAUGAAGAUGGAAGAUACCAAAUUCUCAACAUUCAUACAUCCAGAAUGAGGGAUUACAAAAAGAUUGCUCCAGAUGUUGAUUUAAAAGAAUUAGCAGUCUCAACGAAGAACUUUAGCGGUGCUGAAUUAGAAGGUCUUGUAAGGGCUGCACAAAGUACUGCCAUAAAUAGAUUGAUUAAAGUCUCAAAUAAAGUGGAAGUAGAUCCUAGUGCUAUGGAGAAACUUCUUGUUUGCAAAAACGACUUCAUCCAUGCAUUAGACAAUGAUGUCAAACCCGCUUUUGGAGCAAGUGCUGAAGCACUGGAUUAUAUUCUUGAACGCGGUAUUAUUAAUUGGGGCAAACCCGUAGCGGAGAUCCUGUCAGCUGGUGAUGUCUAUAUCCAGGAAACUCGAGAUGGAGAAGGUUCAAACCUUGUAUCAGUAUUAUUGGAAGGUCCGCCGCAUAGUGGAAAAACUGCUCUUGCCGCACAGAUUGCCAAAAAUUCGGGCUUCCCAUUCGUUAAGAUUUGUACACCUGAAGAUAUGGUUGGGUUUACAGAAUCAUCAAAAAGUCUAUCAAUACGCAAAGUAUUCGAUGAUGCAUAUCGCUCCCAGCUGAGCUGCAUUGUAGUUGAUAAUAUUGAACGACUGUUAGAUUAUGGUCCCAUUGGUCCACGAUACUCUAAUUUGACAUUGCAAACUUUAUUAGUCCUGUUGCAAAAAAAACCACCACCUCGUCGCAAACUCUUAAUCCUUGGUACCACUGGCUCCAGACAAGUUUUGGAGGAUAUGGGAAUGCUGUCAGCUUUUCCAAAAAAACUCCACGUACCCAACUUGUCAAGUCCUGAUCAUCUUCUAUCUGUCCUGGAAGAAGUUGAUCUCUUCUCCAAGGAAGAAAUUUCUUACAUCCACUCAAAGACUAAGGGCAAACGCAUUUUCAUCGGAAUUAAGCAACUACUGUCUCUAAUUGACACGGCACGUCAGAUCGAGCCACGUUACAGAAUACCGAAGUUCCUCUCCGCGUUGGAAGAGGAAGGUGGAUUAGAGUGAAAGGUAUUUCAUUAAGAAAUCUAUUUAUUUAUGUAGUCAUUAACUUAUAGUCAAUAUUUCUCAUUGGAGAAACAGAAAAAAUAGGCAACUAGGUGUAAUACCUUCAAGACUUAGAAUUAGAAAAUAUUGAUUAAACCAUGCAUAUAACCGAGGUACAAAACGUCGAUAUUUAUUUAAAUUAUUAAGAUUCAAUUCAGGGAUGAGAUAGCAUUCAUGAAAAUUUAUUUAAUAUAUUCAAAGCUUCAGUAGGAACUGCUGAGAAAAAUUACCAUGACGGUUAUUAUAUAAAUACUAUUAUUUCGAUGCUAGCAUUUUAUUGGCUUUAUAAAAAGAAAAAUAUAUUACCAAAUCUUCAAAAAUUAAGAAAAAAUAUUAUGUAUUCUUAACCUUUAACUACAUAUACGCGGUCUCACAAACCGCACUAAUUUUAUGUUUAGCCCUCUUGUCAAAUUUGUUUCUACAUAAACUUUCAAUGAAUUAAAAAACCUACUAGAUAAUUAUGAUUUAAUACCUAGCCAUUAAAUUUAUUUAAACUAGAAGAGCGAUGUAAAACUCUACUUUUGAACUAUUUUAUUUGUUGUAAUAGACUUAUAAUCCAGCUCUACAGAUUGAGAUCUCACGGAUCUCACGUUGUGUAUAUUCUUAUAGUCGGAUCUGUGUAGUUAGGGGUUAAAUUUUUUGUUUCUAUAAGAAAUUCAAGUAUUCUUCAAAUGUAUUUUAUUGUUGCUCUUCAAGCAUAAAUUACUCUCACAUUCCUAACAGCGAAAUCUAUUCACUGCUCAUCCAGUGAAGCUAGUCAAUUUCGCUACAAAGAAGACUAAAUAAUCUUAUUUAAUUUCAUAAUGAAAAUAUUUAAAAUAAAUCUUCUUCGUGAUAGUGUAAGAGUAUCGAUUAUAUUGUCUUCAAUGAGUAUAUAAUAUAGUAAUAACUACGUAAAGGGUUCUCAGAGCUUGCAAUGACAUAGGCCAGAAUCAUUAAUAAUUAUUUGAUUUGACUGAGCUACAGUAAAAACAAACAUAACGAAAAUAAACUUCAGUUUUCAGAAUACGUUAUUAAAAUAAUUUAAGACGCAUAUAAUAAUAAAUAUUCUAAGAUAACUUGCGAAAAAAACGUUGGUCCAUGUAAAGUAGUUCGUAUAUCGUUGUGAACGUUCUAAUGCUGCACAUGUUUUUGAAUGUAUUUAAAAAAUAUUAUCUGUGUAAAAAAAAAUAAAUUCUCAAACAUAUAA